CCUUAAAAUAUUUUACACAUAGGUUGUAGACUUUGAGCUCAUGUUUCUUUACUUUUGGGGAUAUUAUGCAUCCUUAUAGAAUGGAUAUAAGAUUAACUAGGUUAAAUGGGCAGAUGAGCAAAGUGGGUUUUAUUACUGUACUUUCCUUUAAUGUGCCAAUAAACAUAGUUUGCUUAUUCUAGAGAGAGACAUUUCUAUACUUACAUAAGUUAUCUUAAAGAGAGGCAGCUUGCAUUUCUUACCCCCUCCUCUCUUCUCAGUAUAAAUUCUAUUUUUUAACCAGUCAUCUGGAAAAUUUUAAUUUCAGGCAAGCUAAUGUACCAUCUCUGAAAUCCUAACACUGGGAUUUACAUACUGAUCUAUUUACUAGUUAUGAACUUUAGGUAAGUUUAACCUCUCUACCACUUAUGAUAAAUAUACCCAUACUAUAGGCUUGCCGUGACUAAAUAUUGUAAGUACUCAGUAUUUGCUAUUAUUACAACCACUAGUUGGGGGCUUUUAAGUAUUAAUCAGAUAGGAGCUUGUGGGGAGCACUGUUUAAUAUUAAUAUUAACCUGGCUGGAAAAAUACUAAUAUGUUUGAUAACUUUUUAGAAUCUGAUAUGGUAUUAUUGUAGUUAGCAAAAAUAAUUGGUAAAUAUAAUUGUUAUUGUAAGAUUUAAACUGGGCAUGGUGGCAUGUCAAUCCAAGUUGAAGGGAUAUAUACUUGGAGUUGGAUGCCAUUCUGGGCAAAGUUAUUAAUUCCCUAUAUCAAAAACAAAGUAUAAGACCAAAGGGCUAGGGGACAUGGCUCGAAGUGCUGGCCUAGCAUGCUGGCGGACACAGAGUUCAAUCUCCAGUAUUGAAAAUAAAUAACUAUGAGAUCAUCAUCCUAACCAAUCUUCAUUUGUAGUUGAAACUGAAAGUGGUGAAAUGACUUGCCUAAUGGUUUCUAGUCAUAGUAUUAGCUUGAAAUAGAUCUUGAUUUACCAGUAUUCUUAGUAAGUUAGUCAACCUGAUAUAAUAAAAUAUCUUAAUCCUUACAAAUUUAAUUUCUAAUUUAAAAGGAAAUCUCAGAUAUUGUUCAAUUUCAGUUUCCUAUUUUAUUUCAAGUUCAUUAUUAAUUUAGCUAAAGAGUCACAUGCCUGGUCUCUUAAUGACACAUCCAAAAUAUGAGCAUUGAAUUUUAAAUAUUUAUUGAGCACUGUGAAAGGUGCUUACAAGAUAAUGAGUGAUUCUUUACUCAGUGAGAUUGUUAGGAAAACAUUUUUCUCACAUUUUCAUUCUGUAUUUUGUGGUCAUGUUCAUCUUUUUAGUGAUUUCUUUUUCCCUGUGUGCUUUCUAAUGUGGGCAUAAAAGCAGCCUUUGCCUCUGCCUUCCAGUUUGUUGAAUAGACUGUUUUCUACUUUAAUUUUUUUUGGAAUUGUUGACUUUUGUCUUGUUUUUAUUAUGGUAUUAUUGCCUUUGCUUAGCUAAAUCUGAUUUUAAUGUUCUAUUCAUUUCUUUUCAGUUUGAUUUGACAUUUAACUUUAAUUGUUGGCCUUUGAUUAUGUUUGCAUUCAUUUGUAUAAAAACAACCUUUUUAAGAAUUUGUUGUUGUCUCUGAGUUCCUUUGGUUUUUAGGUACCAUGUUAGUCAGAAGUACCUAUACCAUUUAAAAAAUAGCUCAACAUUCCUAUGUUCACUUGGUUUCUAGGUCUAUUCUGGAUAGCAGGUUUUGUGAAGACAUUUAUUCUUUCUUGGACCUCAGAUUUCCCAGACAUCUCAUGGGUUUGUGGAUGCACUUAGAUGUUUGCAAUGAGCACUGUGGCUGGCAUGCUCCAGUGUUUUGGAUACCAAUGCAUAGGACUCCAUAGUAAUCGAAUUUACCAGAGGCGAACGUCAUGAGCAUAGUGAUCCCAUUGGGGGUUGAUACAGCAGAAACGUCAUACUUGGAAAUGGCUGCAGGCUCAGAACCAGAAUCCGUAGAAGCUAGCCCUGUGGUAGUUGAGAAAUCCAACAGUUAUCCCCACCAGUUAUAUACCAGCAGCUCACAUCAUUCACACAGUUACAUUGGUUUGCCCUAUGCGGACCAUAAUUAUGGUGCUCGUCCUCCUCCAACACCUCCAGCUUCCCCUCCUCCAUCAGUUCUUAUUAGCAAAAAUGAAGUAGGCAUAUUUACCACUCCUAAUUUUGAUGAAACUUCCAGUGCUACUACAAUCAGCACAUCUGAGGAUGGCAGUUACGGUACCGAUGUGACCAGGUGCAUAUGUGGUUUUACACAUGAUGAUGGAUACAUGAUCUGUUGUGACAAAUGCAGUGUUUGGCAACAUAUUGACUGCAUGGGGAUUGACAGGCAGCAUAUUCCUGAUACAUAUCUAUGUGAACGUUGUCAGCCUAGGAGUUUGGAUAAAGAGAGGGCGGUGCUACUACAACGCCGGAAAAGGGAAAAUAUGUCAGAUGGUGAUACUAGUGCAACUGAGAGUGGUGAUGAAGUUCCUGUGGAAUUAUAUACUGCAUUUCAGCAUACUCCAACUUCAAUUACCUUAACUGCUUCAAGAGUCUCCAAGGUUAAUGACAAAAGAAGGAAAAAAAGUGGUGAAAAAGAACAAAACUUUUCAAAAUGUAAAAAAGCCUUUCGUGAAGGAUCUAGGAAGUCAUCAAGAGUUAAGGGUUCAGCUCCAGAAAUUGAUCCUUCAUCUGAUGGUUCAAAUUUUGGAUGGGAGACAAAAAUCAAAGCAUGGAUGGAUCGCUAUGAAGAGGCAAAUAAUAACCAGUAUAGUGAGGGAGUUCAGAGGGAGGCACAAAGAAUAGCUUUGAGAUUAGGCAAUGUAAAUGACAAAAAAGAGAUGAAUAAAUCAGAAUUGAAUACUAACAAUUUACUCUUCAAGCCUCCUGUAGAGAGCCAUAUACAAAAGAAUAAAAAAAUCCUGAAAUCUGCCAAAGAUUUGCCUCCUGAUGCUCUCAUCAUUGAGUACAGAGGGAAGUUUAUGCUAAGAGAACAAUUUGAAGCAAAUGGAUAUUUCUUUAAAAGACCAUACCCUUUUGUUUUAUUCUACUCUAAAUUUCAUGGGCUAGAAAUGUGUGUUGAUGCAAGGACUUUUGGGAAUGAGGCUCGAUUCAUCAGACGUUCUUGUACACCAAAUGCAGAGGUGAGGCAUGAAAUAGAAGAUGGAACCAUACAUCUUUACAUUUAUUCUAUACAAAAUAUUCCAAAGGGUACUGAAAUUACUAUUGCAUUUGAUUUUGACUAUGGGAAUUGUAAAUACAAAGUGGACUGUGCAUGCCUCAAAGAAAAUCCAGAGUGCCCUGUUCUAAAACGAAGUUCAGAAGCCACAGAAAACAUCAAUAGUGGUUAUGAGACAAGAAGAAAAAAAGGAAAAAAAGAGAAAGAUAUUUCAAAAGAAAAAGAUACACAAAAUCAGAAUAUUACUUUGGACUGUGAAGGAACAACCAACAAAAUAAAAAGCCCAGAAAUGAAACAGAGAAAGCUUUCUCCACUGAGACUAUCAGUAUCAAAUAAUCAGGAGCCAGAUUUUAUUGAUGACAUAGAAGAAAAAACUCCUGUUAGUAAUGAAGUGGAAAUGGAAUCAGAGGAGCAGAUUGCAGAAAGGAAAAGGAAGAUGACAAGAGAAGAAAGGAAAAUGGAAGCAAUCUUGCAAGCUUUUGCCAGACUUGAAAAAAGAGAGAAAAGAAGAGAACAAGCUUUGGAAAGGAUUAGCACAGCCAAAACUGAAGUUAAAACUGAAUGUAAAGAGGCACAAAAUGUCAGUGAUGCUGAAGUUAUUCAGGAGCAAUCAAAAGAAGAAACUGCUAAUAAGCCAACACCUGCCAAAGUGAAUAGAACUAAACAGAGAAAAAGUUUCUCUCGAAGUAGAACUCACAUUGGACAGCAGCGUCGGAGACAUAGAACUGUCAGCAUGUGUUCAGAUAUCCAACCGUCUUCUCCUGAUAUUGAAGUUAUGUCACAACAAAAUGAUAUUGAAAAUACUGUACUCGCAAUAGAACCCGAAACUGAAACUGCAAUAGCAGAAAUAAUUACUGAAACUGAAGUCCCAGCACUUAAUAAAUGUCCUACAAGGUACCCCAAAACAAAGAAGCACUUGGUCAAUGAAUGGUUAAGUGAGAAGAAUGAGAAGACAGGAAAACCUCCAGAAAGCCUUUCAGAAAGGCCUCUACGCAUAACUACAGAUCCAGAAGUGUUAGCUACACAGCUCAAUUCAUUGCCUGGUCUCACAUACAGUCCCCACGUAUAUUCUACUCCUAAACAUUAUAUUAGAUUUACUUCACCAUUCCUUUCAGAAAAAAGGAGAAGAAAAGAACCCACUGAAAAUAUUUCUGGCUCAUGCAAAAAGCGGUGGCUGAAACAAGCUUUGGAAGAAGAAAGUUCAGCAAUUUUACGUAGAUUUAAUUCACCCUGUCAAGAAAGAUCCAGAAGUCCUACCAUCAAUGGUGAAAAUAUAAGUCCACUACUAUUAAAUGAUAGCUGUUCACUUCAAGAUUUAACCACACCACUAAAAAAACGAAGACUUUAUCAGUUGCUAGAUUCUGUUUACUCAGAAACCUCAACACCUACUCCUUCACCAUAUGCUACACCAACUCAUGCAGAUAUCACUCCUACGGAUCCAUCAUUUGCCACUCCUCCACGGGUAAAAUCAGAUGAUGAAACGUACAGAAAUGGUUAUAAACCCAUAUACUCACCAGUUACCCCAGUAACUCCUGGUACACCAGGAAACACCAUGCACUUUGAGAAUAUUUCUUCCCCAGAAAGUUCUCCAGAAAUAAAGAGACGCACUUACAAUCAAGAGGGAUAUGAUAGAUCUUCAACCAUAUUAACGUUGGGGCCUUUUAGAAAUUCUAAUGUAACUGAGCUGGGUCUGCAAGAAAUAAAGACUAUUGGUUAUACCAGUCCUAGGAGUAGGACUGACGUCAACAGGCAGUGUCCCGGAGAAAAGGAACCUGUGUCAGACCUUCAACUGGGACUUGAUGCAGUCGAGACAACUGCCAUACACAAAACAAUGGAAACACCCACACAUGACAGGACUGAGCCUACCAACCAACUGGACUCCACUCACCCUGGAAGGGGGACAUUAUAUUCUUCCUGGGUAAAGAGUCCUGACAGAACGGGAGUUAACUUCUCAGUGAACUCCAACUUGAGGGACUUGACACCCUCACAUCAGUUGGAGGUUGGAGGAGGCUUCCGAAUAAGUGAGUCAAAGUGCCUGAUGCAGGAUGAUACUAGAGGCAUGUUUAUGGAAACAGCUGUGUUUUGUACUUCUGAAGAUGGGCUUGUCUCUGGUUUCGGACGGACUGUUAAUGACAAUUUGAUCGACGGGAGUUGCACACCCCAGAAUCCACCACAAAAGAAAAAGGUUUCCCUGUUAGAGUACCGUAAGAGACAACGUGAAGCUAGAAAAAGUGGCUCUAAGUCAGAAAACUUUCCUCUGGUUAGUGUAUCACCUCAUGCAAGUGGAAACCUGAGCAGCGGUGGUGAUGGUGAUGUCCACAGUAGUGAAAAUGGAGAGCAGGCAGAAAACACUGCUAGCCUGCCUUUACCAAUACCGGCUGCAAUUUAUAAUGCUACUGAAGAAACCAGCAAUAACUGUCCUAUUAAAGAAGCUAUUGCCAAUGAGAAGAAUGAACCAGAAGUUCAGUGGACUGCCUCCACUUCAGUGGAACAAGUGAGAGAAAGGAGUUACCAGAGAGCUUUACUUCUCAGUGACCACCGAAAAGAUAAAGACUGUGGGGGAGAAUCACCAUGUGUCUCAUGUUCACCAAGUCAUGUUCAGUCUUCACCUUCAUCUCAUUCAAAUCACAUUCCCCAGCUGCACACUAAGGGCCUAGUACCUUCUUUCAGUGAACUUACAGAAGACCCUGAUCCUGAAAAUCCAGAACCCACAGCUACAAAUGAAUGCCCAUCCCCAGACACUUCGCAAAAUACUUGUAAAAGCCCCUCAAAAAUGAGCAAGCCUGGUUCACCAGGACCUGCUCAACCUCAUGGGAAAAUACUCACAAAAUCAGAUCCUCACUGGGAGGCAACAGUUAUUGUAGCAGAAGCUGAGAAUGUUCACCUAAAAACAGAGCUCCAACAAAAACAGCUAUCAAAUACCACCCCAGCACUUUCAAAGAACCACGCUCCUCCUCAGCCCCAUGCUCGCAGUGCAACUGAGCAACUUCCCCAAAAGCUGCCUUCUGUACCAACAAAGUUGCAUUGUCCUCUGUCACCUCACACAGAAAACCCUCCUAAGUCCUCCACGCCCCACACACCUGUGCAGCAUGGUUAUCUCUCACCAAAGCCUCCUUCACAGCAGUUAGGAUCUCCCUUCAGGCCUCAUCAUUCACAGUCACCUCAAGUUGGAACCCCUCAGCGAGAGCCUCAGAGAAAUUUUUAUCCAGCAGCACAGAAUCUUCAAGCCAAUACCCAGCAGGCAACUUCUGGAGCAUUAUUUACACAGACACCCUCAGGACAAUCUUCAGCAACAUACAGUCAGUUUAACCAACAAAGUCUGAACAGCUCGGCACCACCCCCUCCGCCCCCUCCGCCUCCUUCUUCUUCAUCUUAUUAUCAAAACCAGCAGCCCUCUGCAAAUUUUCAGAAUUAUAAUCAGCUUAAAGGUAGUCUUUCCCAACAAACUGUGUUUACAUCUGGACCAAAUCAAGCACUUCCUGGCAGCACAAGCCAGCAAUCAGUUCCAGGACACCAUGUUACGCCAGGGCAUUUUUUGCCCUCUCAGAACCCUACCCUUCACCAUCAAACUGCUGCUGCUGUGGUCCCACCCCCACCUCCACCACCACCUGCUCCAGGACCACACCUUGUACAACAGCCAAAUGCCCAUCAGCAGCACUCUGUAGCACAUGUAGUAGGGCCAGUUCAUGCUGUCACCCCUGGUUCACAUAUUCAUUCUCAAACUGCUGGACAUCAUUUACCACCACCCCCUCCACCUCCUGGUCCUGCCCCUCAUCACCAUCCACCACCCCAUCCUACCACAGGACUCCAAGGUCUACAAGCACAACACCAGCAUGUUGUAAAUUCAGCACCCCCACCUCCACCUCCACCUCCUCCUUCCAGUGUUCUGACUUCUGGGCAUCACACGACAUCAAGUCAAGCCUUACACCACCCACCUCAUCAAGGACCUCCACUUUUUCCUUCAACUGCCCACCCAGCUGUACCACCAUAUCCCUCACCACAAGCUACACAUCACACCACUCUGGGACCGGGACCCCAGCACCAGCCGUCUGGAACAGGGCCACAUUGUCCAUUACCAGUUGCAGGUCCUCAUCUCCAGCCCCAAGGACCAAACAGUAUUCCAACACCUACUGCUUCAGGGUUCUGUCCUCAUCCUGGCUCUGUGGCCCUACCACAUGGGGUGCAAGGACCUCAGCAGGCAUCUCCAGUGCCUGGACAGAUUCCAAUUCACAGAGCACAGGUGCCACCAACAUUUCAGAACAAUUACCAUGGUUCAGGGUGGCAUUAAAAUGGACUCCAAUAACAUUUUUUAAAAUGUUCUGUAAGAUAAACUGUAUAUUUCAUAUGUACCUAUUAAGGUACUUUUUAAAACUUGUACAUGAAACUUUGUAUAAAAAAAAAAACAAAACAACAAAAACCAGUGCUCUUCCAUUGUAUUUUUCCCAUUUUUGCUUUUUAAAAUUCCUUAAGAAAUGUGCUGUUAAGCCAGUAUUAGGUAUCUUUAUUUUGUAAGUGAACAUUCCAGCUGUUUUUCUGGCAGUAGAUCUGAUGCUACAUGAUCUUUAAAUUUUAUUGUUGCAGUUGAAUUCAUUUAGUGAAUGUUUUCUGUAUUAUUUUAUACAUUAAGUACACAGCUAAUAAUAGCACUAUGAGGAUUUCCUUUUCUUUGGGGGGGGUCAGUUCUGUGAGUGCAUCUUAGGUAUAAAAUGCAAUACAGAUUUUUAUAGUUUGGUGUGGACAUGGCUCAUUCUGUUUUUAUCAGUUAUUUGCAAGCAAAAUGUAAUUUAAUGUAUAGAUAAUUUCUAAUGUCUCCUGGCAAACUGUAAAUACUGCAUUUCUUUUGCGUAUAUAAUUGCUUACACUUUUUUCAUUUGAUAUAUAGCAUUGUACAUAUGACAAGUCUUUUGCAAAACUGUGUGAUCUUUGUGAAAAGUAGUACAGUAUAUGGCCUUUACUUUCCUUUUUUAUUUUAAAUAUACUGUCACAUUGAAGCACUGGUUGGGCAUUUUAAUUCAUGUUAAUAAAUCACAAUUAUGUCAGUUUUA